UUUUCUUAGCUUCUAGUAGUCUCCAAUGCUACAAAGCACAUUUUUGAACCACCCACUUAUCUUUCCACACUCCCAAACUAAUUAAUCAUCCCCACAUAUAUUUCACUUCGCUAAUAUAGUUGCAUUUUUUUGUAAGUGAUCCAAAGAUUUUUACUCUAUUCAAGAUUAUUGUUUUUUUUGUUGAAUCAAGAUGGAAGUGAAUCCAAUUGUUGCAGCAGACAACUCUUUUUUGAAAGAAAUGGAAAAAGAAGAAUCAGAUGGUAUAAUGGCCAAGUUGUUAGGAGGCUUAAACUGCAGGAUGAGAACGUUGUUGUUUCGUGUCAUUGCAGCCCGUCCAAUCCCACAACACAUUGCCUUCAUCUUAGAUGGAAACCGAAGGUUUGCUAAGAAAUGGCAGCUCACAGAAGGUGGAGGCCAUAAAGCCGGUUUCUUAUCACUCAUGUCAGUACUAAAAUACUGCUAUGAAAUAGGUGUCAAGUAUGUAACCAUCUAUGCAUUUAGUCUUGACAAUUUCAAUAGACGCCCGGAUGAAGUUCAAUACGUAAUGGACUUGAUGCAAGAAAAGAUAGAAGGAUUUUUAAAUGAAAUAAAAAUUGUGAAUAAAUAUGGUGUUAGAGUCAUGUUUAUUGGUGAUUUGAAACGUUUAUACGAGCCAGUAAGAGUUGCUGCAGAGAAGGCAAUGGACGCAACUAAAUAUAACACAAAUACAUAUCUUUUGGUAUGUGUUGCAUAUACUUCAUCCCAUGAAAUCCCACGAGCCAUUUACGAAUCUUGUCAAGAAAAGAGUAGCCCGAUUAAAGUGAUGAAUGGAAACGGGCACAUGAAUGGAAACGGGCACAUGAAUGGUGGUUUUAGUAAUGGAGAUCAUGAAUUGGGGAUCAAAAGGGUGGAUCUUGAGAGACAUAUGUAUAUGGGAGUAGCUCCUGACCCUGAUAUUUUGGUCAGGAGCUCGGGCGAGACAAGGAUAAGCAACUUCUUGUUGUGGCAAACAACCAACUGUUUGUUGUAUUCGCCGAAAGCAUUGUGGCCCGAGAUGGGGUUAUGGCAGGUGGUUUCAGCGAUCUUGAAGUAUCAGAUGAAUUAUAAGUACUUAGAAAAGAAGAAGAAGCAGGCUUAAGUGAUGUGUUACUUUUUACAGACAGUAAUAAGGUAAUUUGGCUUUGUAUUCUUAACUAGAAGUAGUGAACACUUGUUUCUAUAAGCCAAUAAUUUUUAACUUUAAAACAGUUGAAAAUUGCUUUAUAGUUA